CAGGUCUAGGGUGGUCGCGUCGACAGAACGAAUUUUAACCUGCAAUCGCCAUUUCGGCAGGGCUAUCAGAAUGGAUCCUCAAUGGAUCGCGAUUCUGUUUUUCUUGUCGCUGGUUGCAUGUCAGCCUGAAGGUUUUCCCGAGAUAACGACACAACCAGUGGUGACACUGGAAUAUGUGACACUGACAGACAUGUCACUCAGCUGUGCAAUAAAGGACAAUGCAAGUGACGUCAUUGACAAUCAAGUGGUCAAUAUCCAGUAUGAGGUGACAUGGUACCGUGAGGAUGUCAACAUCACAUCCGAACUAUUGAUUGCUGGGCUACUUACUCACAAUCUCAAUGUAUCUACAGCGGACUUUGUAGACAGGCAGAAGCAUUGGUGUGUCGUGAGGGCCUGCUAUGAGCUUGACUGUGCAAACGCUUCCCUUGGUAGCAGCAACAAGAGCAAUGUGUUUGUACCUCAACUGCAGGUGGUAAGCAGCAGGGAGAUGUCAGUUACUGAGGAAGGAGAGGAAGGCUACAUCCAACUGACCUUCACCGCCCCGCCAGCACUCUUCUGUCUUAUUGCUCAGAAAGAGCAGGACUGUAAAGUAGUUGUGGUGGCGACAGUAUCAGACGAAGAACCUCUCCAGUGCCCAACAGCACAACAGAAAACAAUACCACAAAUCCUCUUCCAAGAAUCUUCAAAAUACAGCCAAUCUGAGUUCUGUUCCACCACAAUUACCAUGGAAACCUGGAACAAAAUCACAAAUAUCACAUUUGUGGCCAAUCAGGACAUGAGAAUUGAUGGUAAAUCCAGAUCUGCUAUCACCCUAACAACUGUUGUUGGUGAUAUCUCCUAUGAGGACACACAGCAAAAACUUCAGGUGGAAGUGAUAGACUCAGACAGGAAAGCAGUGUGUAAAUCUCUAAAUGACCCUCAUAUCACAUCAACUGACCAGCAGUAUUUCGACAUACACAAAGCAGGAGAAUAUAUCCUUUUCAAGAGUGAUGCUAAUGAUUAUGAAGUCCACACAUUUUACUCAAAGUGUACAAAGAGUUCAUUAAUGCCGACCUGCAAUUGUGCUGUGGCUGUACGUACUGGCAGGAAUGUCAUUGCUUUCUAUGGCUGCCGGGAGAAUGAGGGCAUCACAGUCAAGUAUUUCGGAGACAAAAAGGUUCACAAAGGAACUCGGAUAUACAGGAAGCAGGGCGGAAGUGUGUAUGAGGUUGUUUUGGAAACCGGCAUGCAGGUGAUGGUGAAGGAGAGCUAUCAAGACUUCAUCAAUGUGUGGGUGUACCCAUCUCCUUUAGAUGCUAACAGUACAAAAGGCUUGUGUGGGGAUUUUGAUGGUGAUUCCUCCAAUGAGUUUAUGCUGCAGAAUGGCACCAUUGGAACCAUUGAAGAAUUUGCUGCAGCAUGGAAAGUGAGCCCAGCUGACAGUUUGUACAAUGGACUGUGUCCUGAUAAAGUACCAGUUUCUUCCUCUUCACCUGCCAUGCGGCACUGUGCAUGUGCUUCAGUAGAUGCCACCCAGUGCAUGAUGGGUAACAGUGUACAAGCUUGUCAUAUGUUAAAGGAGCACAAUGCAGAUGAUGACAUAACAGACACUUUAACGUCCACACCAACUCUCCCAGCCAACUGCUUUGAGGGUUUUCAAAGAGUGGAAGAUUUCCCAUAUGACCAGGAAGUCAAUGUGAAUGAGUCCUUGGCAAGUGGAUGGAAUGAAAGCUAUGCACGGAGUCUCUGUCAGCAGUCUCUAGAAGCCAGCGUGUACUUCUCUUUGUGUAGCUCAGUGGUCCAGCUGUCUCCACAAGAGAUAGACAACUGUGUGGAGGACCUCUUGUCAACACAAGAUGAAUCCUGGAGCCGUGUCCUGCAGGUGUCUUUAGAGAUGUCCUGUCGGUAUGAGCUGGUAACUAACACAACUCUCAUCCUGGCUGGACAGUCACAAACUAUUCUCAACACAAUCUGCCCAGAUGGAUGUUCUGGCAAUGGAGACUGUGUACAGGGUGAAUGUGAGUGUAACGACGGCUAUAUGGGAGUUGACUGCUCACUCAGUAUCUUUGCUGCACCUGUCAUUAGUCGACUGGAGCAGGAUGGCCACUGUAACACACUUCUUGGUGACUGCACUACGGUGCAUCUAUAUGGAGGAAUAUUUGUGGAGACAGCACAGCUUAAAGGAUACUUCAAAGCUAUUGAGGUUACCAGCACAAGCUAUGAGGAAGCAGGCAUGUGGACAGAGUGCAACAGCACAGUGUUUGUCAGCAAGAGUGUUCUGAGAUGUGUCCUCCCUAAAACAGCAAACUACCUCCUCCAUGUGGCCAAUGUUGAUGGAAUCUUCUCCAACAAUCUCACAUUUCUUGCCUACAACCCUCAAUGCUACACAUGCAACACAGAACUAGGAACAUGUGAAAUGAAGGAAAAUGUAUGUGUGAUUGAUGAUGUCUGCUUUUUGGACCUGACAAUCAACCCAGACACUCACACACAGAUCUGUAAUGCAACACACAGCAACAUGUCCUGGUCGGAGAACACAUCUCCCUGUCCUGGAUCAGAAGUAAUUUGGAUACAAAACGCAUCCAUGGCAAUUGCCUUCCACAACCACAAAACUGUUAAUGUUUCAAGUGUAGAGAUGUGUCGUACACUAUGCGUACAGGAGAAAGAUUUCCUAUGCCAAUCUGCUGACUACAACAAUGACACUAAGGAGUGUCAUUUGUCAAGGUUCAAAGCUGCACAGGUUGGAGAUUACUUCAAAAAGUUUCCUGACAGAUUCCAGUACCUUGAAUGGCAGUGCCAGGAAGAUCGCUGCCCAUCAGCACUACUGACAUGGAAGAAGGACCAAGACUAUGUGAAGCCUGCUGCGACUGAUGCUGCCAUAGGUGUUGUGUGGACCGUGGACCACUGUAGACGACUCUGCUCACUCAACGCAACCUGCCAGUCAGUCAAGUUCAGCCCAGCACGAGGCAUCUGUGUUCUUUCCCCUGUAAUAAUCACCAACUCUACCAUCAAGUGGGUCCAGGCACCUGGCUGGGACACACACUCCCUCACAUGCAGACAGGGUUCCCCAUCAGAUCGUGAGAGUGUGAGUGUGGGCAGCAUUGAGAUCGUAGCCAGUUUCAAAGGGCCUGGUAAUGAUACAUUCAUGUGUAACUUCACAAAAGUGAAUGUCACUGACCGCAUUGUCCACUAUAAUGUUUUGUGGCGAGUGGAUGGUCAGUGGGCAUAUGAGAGCACACCGAGGACUGACAUCACUGACGACUUCCUGGAUGAUGAGCUUGCUAACAAAGUCAAGGAUGGAACAACCAUUACAGCUGCACUGAGUGCUUGCUAUGCUGACGACUGUGAGAACACAAGGGGUCUGCUGUCAGUUUCAGAUGUGUACACAGCAGAAAUUAAGAUGGAAAAUGCUCUUGAGGAAAUGACCUUGAUUGAAGGAAAGCCAGGGGAGACCAUUCAAAUAAAGGCUACUGCUCCACCAUAUGUACUGUGUCGUGGUAUGUCCUUUAAUGACACUGAUAAGUGUGAAAUUCACAUCAGCUAUGACAUAUCAGUUGAUAAUGAUACAGAAGUCCAGUGUCUGACUGGUGAAUUCAUACCCCAGAUGGCAUUCCGACUCUUCUCCGAUCAGGAGGAGCAAGCGCUUUGUGGGCUUAUGAUCAGGGGAGAUAACUGGCAGAAAGAAUACUCACUGAAUGUGCGGGCAACAAUUGACAGCAAAUAUGACAAUGACCACAACAGAACUCUGACAGUAAUGUCUUCCUACCUGGUUAGCUCUGUGGUGGAGCAAACAUCCCAGCUGCUCCAGUCCCAGCUCUCUAUCCUGGAUGCAGACAAUGGUGCCCUGUGUAUGGUUGUCAACGAUCCACACAUUACGACACUGGAUGGCUUCUACUACCACAUGUAUUUCCACGGCCCAUUUGUUCUGUACCAGCACACAGACCUGCCCUACACUGUCCAAGUGUUCCUGAGAGACUGCCAUGGCCGAAUGUCCUGUACAGUAGCUGUAGCUGCAAAAGCAGGGGAUGAUGUGGUUGUGAUUGACUAUGGUGGUGCCAUUCCCACUGAGAGCUCCUACCCCGUCACAGUGAAGGUGUUCAGGAAUGGUGCCAUGACGCCUGGCUUCCAAGUCAUCAGCAGGGAUGAAGGCAGAAUGUAUAUAAUACAGUAUCCAACAGGCAUGGAAGUACGAGUUGGCAUCAGCAUCAUCCCUGGUUACAACUUCCUCAAUGUAUGGCUGAGACCUUCAGCAGCUGAUGUCGACAAAACAACAGGUUUGUGUGGAAAUUACAACAAUGAUCAGUCAGAUGACCUUCGUAGUCCAGAUGGAACCAUGUCAACGCUGAACAUCAAACCUGACAACUUCUCUAUCACGUGGAGGGUUGACAACAAGGAUAGUCUGUACACAGGCUUCUGUCCUGAAUCGGAGAGUAAUAUUGAGGUGACUGAGCUCCCAACAUACUGCUACUGUCGAGAGGAUAUGGCCCAGAGCUGUGAGAAGGGAAAUGACCUGACUCCAUGCCCCAGUGAUGUAACAGGCCAAGAUAUAACAGAUCAGCUUGUGCGUGAUUCUGUGUACCCCACCAAGUGUCUGCAGACCAGGUCAUCCUUUGUGUAUGAAGAGUUCCAGUACACUAGGGGUGCAGAUGAUAUCAAGGAGAAUGGCUGGGAUGUACCUGGAGAUAUAGGCUGGACUCAGACCCUUGUGGAGAAAAUACAGUGUGAAGCAUCAAUAGGGUUAUCAGCUUUUGUGACAGCCUGCAAGAAUGUUCCUGGAGUCCACUACGCCAACUCUCUCACAUCUUGUGCUGAAGAUAUUAAGAACACCCUCAACAAUCAGUGGUUCAUGGCAGCUCAAGAAGACAUCAAGAAGCAGUGUGAAAUAGCGCUCCUUACCAACACAACACUUUGGCCAGUAGAGGAUACACUCAGAUUACAAUGUCCUUCUGAGUGUAGAGGAUCUGACUGUGACAAUGGAUUGUGCAAGUGCGGGACGAACAGAGACAGCCUGGACUGUGUGGUGGAAACAGAUGAACCUCCCAAUCUUUUCUUCCUCAGCAAUAAUGGAUUGUGUGACAUGCGUAUUGAUGACUGUGACACAGUGCAUGUCUACAACAACAACACCCUAAAUGUCAGCAACCUUACCUGCCACUGGGCCAGGGUCACGCUGAAUGAAACUGGGUAUGAGGUUGAUGAUGUGGUGGUCAAUACAACAGCAACAUUCAUCCACAUCAUGGAGCUGACAUGUCCCAUACCGACAACCGGCUUCAGCUACGAGGUGUCCGUCAGCUACAACCAACACAGGAGUAUGUCCCUUCUCUUCCUGGUCUAUGAUUCCCUCUGUCAGACUUGCUUCCCCAGCAAUGGAACCUGUGUGGAUAAGACAAAUGGAUGUAUUAUUGAUGAUCAGUGCUAUGAAAAUGGAGAGUACAACACCAUCUACCCACGCCAGUAUUGUGAUAGCAGUGCCAACAGGACAAACUGGCAGCAGGCAUUAGACUCUUGUCAAACUCUGGAUUUGGUGUGGUAUCGUCAGAGAGGUUACAGUUUGUUGGGGUUUUCCCAGGAAGAAGUUGUGAGCAAUGGUGACCCAGUGUCAUGUCAAGUGGCCUGUCUGGAGAGGGAUGGUACUCCAUAUGAGUGCAGUUCCUUUAAUUACAACUUGACAUCAGGAAACUGUACACUGAACACAGAGGACAAGCGCAGUCAGCCCAGCAGUCUCAUCCUCACACCUGACACAUACUACUAUGAGUGGCAGUGCAAUAACAACCCUGGUGGCAAAUCUGGGGUAACUUUCCACCGCCGACGAGGCUUUGCAGUACUGAAGAGAGACUCCCGUCAGAUUCAAGGGGUGUUUCAGCUGGUGGAUUGUCGUAGGCUUUGUCUAGAAGAGACAACAUUUGUGUGUCAGUCAUUUGAGCUUCUGCGAGAGGCCGGACUGUGUACUCUCUCUACGGUCACCUCAGAGCAGGCAGGAGUGGGCCUGGUGCGCUGGAAUGGUUAUGUCUUUGAGGAAUGGACGUUCAGUACAGGUGUCAGUGCUGCUCUUAUUCCAAGCAACCCUCAGGCAAGUAUCAAAAGUGUUCCUGAGAGUGAAGAAUUUGCCCUGACUAUGGCCUGUGAGUUCCCACGAGUAAAGACCGCGAAUGUGAGUGUUGAGUACACAGUUGAGUGGCUUGUGGAUGAAGACAUUGUGGACAUCACUGGACCCUUGGCAUAUGGUAAUGAGGAUGGAAAUGUGCUACUGUACAUGAAUAGGACCUUCCUCACACAGCUAAAGUAUGGAACAAAGUUGUCUUGUGCAGUAGUGGCUUGCUAUCAAAGUAACUGCUCCAACACUACAGGAGCUAUCAGGAGAAGUAACCUUAUAGAGCUUGUUGUGAAGGUUAGAAGUGAGAGUGUGAUAACUCUUGAGGAAGGUGGUCCAGCUACUCAGGUGACUGUCACAUCUCAAGUGCCCCCAUCCUUCAUCUGUGACUCCUCAGACAACCACACAGACUGCACCAUCAUUGUACGGGCCCUGCUAAAUGAGGACACCAUGGACUACAUGUGUGGAUCAGGUGACAUCAUCAAACAAGUUGUGAUUGGUGGAAUGCCAAACCAAUCCAAGUGCGGCAUUGAGUUUACCAUGUUCAACUGGCAAGACAAACAGCAGAUCUCCCUGCUGGCUAAGCUAGACCGACUCUAUGAUGGAGAUCACAACAGAUCCCUGACUGUUGGCUACCAACUGAUGUCAGUGUCCAGUGGGCUCUCUGACUUGCAGUCUCUCAGGACAAUCAAUUUAACUAUUGUGGAUAAAGACCAGCAAUCUUGGUGUGGAUUUGCCUUUCCUUAUGUAGCCACAGCAGAUGGCAGGUUCUAUGAGACGUAUAACCAAGGGGAGUUUAUUCUGUACAGACACAAGACAAUGCCCUAUGAGGUACACGUGUUCACUCAGACCAGAACGUGUGGGCUGGCUGUGAUGGCUGGUGAUGAUGUCAUCAUGGUGGAUAGAUGUGGACCCAGCAUCACUAAGUCUGUCACUGUCAAAGUCCAUCAGAAUGGACAAUUGACACCAGGGUUGGCCAUCUCAACUUCAGGAAGUGGAAACAAGCUACAGAUAAGCCUGCCAACUGGAACGCACAUCACUGUCCGCCUCAGAGGUAAUAACUUCCAAGACAUGGACAUCUCUGUCACUUUGUCACCUGUUGAUUUCAACAACACCUUAGGACUGUGUGGAUCGUAUGAUGGAGAUGUCUUGAAUGACCUGGAAAUGAUGGAUGGAUCCAUCUAUGAAAGACCUGGAUCAAGGCCUGAUGUCUUCUCCCUCUCAUGGCGAGUGCUUGUAAAUAUGACAUUGUAUGGCGGGUACUGUCAGGAGGCAGUGAUGACUGAGUUGUCAAGGUUCUGUGACUGUCUUGAUGGUCGCAAUGACACCUGUGAUGACAGACUGGACAUUAUGCCUUGUCCAGGGACUGCAGAUAUAGAGUUCACGGAUGUGACCAGUAAUGUAGGCCUCCCAACAGCCUCUAGCAAAUGUGAGGAGUCAGCAUCUUCCAUGUUCCACUAUGAAGCCGACUUCCAGCCACGGACAUAUGAAUGGCCAACAGCUUCCAACAGAACUGAGUCUGAUGUUCAAGACAUUUGUCGGUCAGUGAUCAAUGGCUCGGAUGUACUGUCCCAGUGUGCACAGCUUGUCCCCUCUCACUUUGACUGGGCUAUGCACCUCUGCAUUCAGAGAGUCAAGAUGACCGACAACAAUGUGUGGGGAGCUGUGUCCCAACUGAGCCUGCUAGAUGGCUGCCUGUGGGAGGCAGAGAGAAACACCACCCUGUGGGCGGAGUUGGGCAGAGUCCUGCAGCCUGACACUGUCUUCAUCACUUCUCUGUGUGCUGAAAACUGUGCUGUCAGUAGUCGAUGUAACUGCUCAUGUCGUGGUGGAUAUGGUGGAUCUACAUGUGAUGUCCGUCUGGACCAGGCUCCAUCUAUCAGAGAUGUUGUAGGCAAUGGAUUGUGUGAUGUGUCCCAGUCACAAUGUAACAGCAUCACACUUGUUGGGGGGCCAUUUGCUGCCUCUGCUGACCUGGUGUGCCGCCUACAACUCCUACAGAUAACUGAGGGUUCCUACACACAGAUGGGGGAGAAUGUGACAGUUGCAGCAGUGUUGGUAACUCCCAACCAAGUCGUGUGUCCUCUUCCUACAGCUGAUAGUUACAUUGUUACAGUCAGCAACAACAACAUCAUCUUUAGUGUCAGUGUGGUGUACACAGUCUACCACUCUAAAUGCCAUGACUGUGAGGGGGCUGGGAAGUGCACACUCAAGAGUGAUACCUGCUUCAUUGAUAACGGGUGCUACAUGUAUGGGGACAAGAAGCCAGAUAAUGACACAAUUGUGUGUAACUCCUUUGAAAACUACAGAAGCUGGAGUCCAGUCAGAGACUACCCUUACUUGCGUGACGUGCCGAGUUUGACAACUAGCUACAAUGGAACAACUGAUGUAUUCAUGUUCCACUGUAGCUUUGACUUCAGUGAGCGUGUUGAUGUCAAUUACUACCUUACUUGGCAUCACAAUGGAGAUGUCUUGAGCAACGUCACUAUCGAGGAUGCCAAUGUUACAUCAUAUGAAAUGAACAUUGCUGAUGUAGUCAAGCUUGCUUUUAAUUCAAAGGUAACCUGCGGAGUAAGUGCCUGCUUUCCUGACAACUGCUCCAGCACCACUAGCCCACCAAAGAUCAGCCCUGAUUUCAUUGCUGGACUAAAGAUCAUUACAGAAGACAUCACGCUGUAUGAGGGUGGAGCAGCUGUUACAGUGGAUGUCAAGACGACUGUUCCAACACAAUAUUUCUGUAAACUGGACAACCAGACUUGCUCAGUCAAAGUUGGUAUUUCAUUUACCAGACAUGAAGAAUACAAAUGCUCUUCCACAACAGAGGCUUACUACCAGGCAGUGUAUGUAUCUACAUCAUUGUUACCGGAUGAGGCUGACUGUUUACUGGAGUAUCCAUCAUGGCCGGAGACGCUGCAUGUUCCACUGAUGGCAGUGAGUGACCAGCUAGUUGAUGGUGACCAGGUCAGAGAGGUGAUGCUAUCAGCCACUGUGAUGUCAGGGGAUCAGCUUGUGUUCAGUGGAAAUGCCACAAGUGGUAAGGUGACAGUGAAAGACUUGGAUUCCUCUUCACUGUGCCAAGCUGCACCACAUGUCAUCACAUUUGAUGGACAAGCCUAUGACAUUUACACAGAAGGGGUGUUCAACAUGUAUCGCCAUAGGACACAGCCAUAUGAGGUGGAGAUAUUUAUGCGACAUGACAAUGCCACAAAGUCACCACCAUGUCCCUGUGCAGUGGCUGUGAAAUCGGGAGAUGAUGUGACAUUGAUUAAUAGAUGUACAAGAGAUGACAAACAAGUGACAACAGUGACUACCAUGUUCCUUAAUGGAGACCUCACACCAAACACCAGGGUGUUUCAGUUUGAUGAGGGACGUACACAACAGGUUCACUUCCCAAGUGGGACAUACGUGAUUGCUACUGAUGUUGGAAGCUCUGAAUGCCUGGAUGUGUGGGUGCAGCCUUCUGCUAUGGACUACAAGUUGACAGAGGGACUCUGUGGCUCCUAUGACGGCAACUCAACCAAUGACCGGGAAGCAGGGGAGGAGUUCUCCAUUAGUUGGAGAGUGAAGAAGAAUGAAGACUUCUUGUCUGGUGUUUGUUCUGAAGACCCUGCUGAGACCAUGUCAGCCCCUGUUUUAUGCAAAUGUGGUGAUGUAGGCUCUACUGUAGGCUGUGGUGCAGACAUCAGCAUCUUCACAUGUCAUCCUGUUGAAGGUGUGGAUAAGACAGAUUUUUUCAUCAAGAUGUCAUCACGUCCUCUUGGUUGCCCAGGACAACUCUCACAGAAAUUUGUUUAUGUAUACGAAGAAGAGUUCAAAUUUGAGCUCCAGCCAUGGCCCAGUCUUCGUUACAGCCAAGUCCAGGCGAAGGAGUACUGUGAAGAUUUCAUCCUGACUACACAAAUUGGUGUGCAGUGUCAGGGGCUCAUCUCACUUGACCUACAGAAAUCAGUCCUAGCAUCAUGUGUCACAGGCAUACAGAUCCAUGACAGUCUGGAGUGGGUAUCGUCAGUCCUCACCAGGUUUCUCCAACAGUGCUUGGCAGUGGUGAGGAGGGAGACAAGUCACUGGGUGCUACAGGAGGGGCUGUACCAGCCACCGGGAAGAAUACUCAACCUGUCAUGCAGCAGCAAUUGUAGCGGUACAGGGCAGUGUAACAGAGGUGUCUGUAUCUGCGAAGAGGACUUCACUGGUUUUGACUGUUCUAUCAACAAGACAUCGGUGCCAAGUGUGGGCUCCCCACAAGGCGAUUGUGACAGUCAGAUGUCUCUGUGUAACACAGUAACUAUUGUUGGUGGACCAUUUGUGCAGUCAGCAAACAUUGUGUGCAGAUUGGAGACAGUUGAGCUGACUAGCAAUGAGACACAGAGGGGCACAGGCCAGUACUCCUAUGUAGCUGCUGUGUUUGUGUCCUAUCAGAUGGUCAUCUGCAAUCUGACAGAUGCUGUCGGCAGCUACUAUGUGACUAUCAGCAACAACAACCUUACUUACAGUGCCUCAGUUUUCUUUCGUGUAUAUGACUCCCGCUGUUUCAUCACCACUGACAACCAGUUUUCUCUCCUUCCCAAUUACUGCUUCAUCGGCAAGUCAUGCUACAAGCCCGGAGAUGUGAGCAAAGACAACACACAGCUGGUGUGUGACACAGGCAGGAGCACACUAUCCUGGACAGACCGAUCAGGGUACCUCAACCUUGGUGUACAACCCACACUGGCAAGUCAUGUUGAGGGUAGUGAGUUUGUCUUCACCUGUGACUGGGGGGAGUAUUCAAACAACGACACCAGCAUCAUCAUCUACAGUCAGUGGAUUCACAACAACAAUGUCAGUGUGGAGACAGAGGUAGAAGGCAAUGUCACCAGUACCAGGCUCAAUCACACCUCUCUGGUUGGCCUAAGCUAUGGAGAUACUCUGCAGUGUGGCCUUGUAGCAUGCCUCAGCACUGACUGUGCCCACUCCCGCAGUCCAGUCACAACUAGUCGGGAAUUCAAAUUUGAAGUAAAAAUCACCAGCAAGAAAUCCUUGACUUUGGAAGAAGGUGAAGGUGCCAAGGUUGUACUUCUGGAAUCCACUUUUCCUCCCUCCAUCUUCUGUCCAGCCUCUGAUGACAACACUAGCUGCUCCAUCACCAUCAAUGCAUACAUCCCAGACCUAGACACCCAGACUGUGUCCUGUCCAGGGUCUGCGGUCACAGUGCCACAAGCAGUGGUCAGCUGGCCCAGUCGACCAGAUGAUGUCCAGGCCAUGUGUGGCCUGGUGCUAAGUAAUGACAACUGGCAUACGGAACAGUCAUUGUAUGUAAGGGCAACCACAGACAAUCAGAUUGAUGGUGAUCAGUACCGAGACCUUCAGAUCUCACUCAAGAUGGCAGCCGAGAUAAACACCUCCAUAGCUCUGGAGACAGUGAAGUUGACCAUCAAGGACCGUGAUCGCAGCUCCAUAUGUAAAGCCGUCAAUGUUCCACACAUCACAACAUUUGACAAUGUCUACUACAAUCUGCUUCAGUUUGGAGAGUUUGUCCUGUACAGACACAAGACACUUCCAAUAGCUGUGAAUAUCUUCACAACUCCAUGCAGAGGUCAAGUUUCAUGUGUCUGUGGGACAGCAGUGCUGGUAGAUGACGAUGUUUUCAUACUAGAAAGAUGUGGUAACCAUACUGACAUGCCAGUCAGAACUGAGAUGCUACUCAAUGGUGACCUUGCCAAGGGGACCUCACUCCUUGAGGUCAAUGAUGGAAAGGAGUAUGUUGUCCUGCUUCCUACAGGCACCCGUGUAAGCAUCACCCUUGGAGACCGACCUGAGGACAAGUACCUCAGUGUGUGGAUCCAACCCUCAGCUGCUGAUGUACAGGAAACAGAAGGUUUGUGUGGUACUUUUGAUGGUGACAAAGACAACGAUUUGACCUCCAGUGAUGGGGAUGUGAAGAGCUACAUGAAGUAUCCCAAUGACUUCACUCUCACCUGGAGAGUGCCUGCUGAGGAGUCCCUGUAUAACGGUGUGUGUGAGUCCCCUCUCCCCCUGCCGCCCAGCAGCACCCAGUGUGUGUGUGGGAAUAUCCCUAACUGUAACCAGGAGGACUAUGUGUUCACUUGUGUGGAAGAGUUUACUGCACUGAAAAAAGGUAAGGACAUCACGGCCCAACUGGUGAACAAGACAGCUGACACUAAGCCAGCCAUUUGCCGAGGAGAAAAUGUUGUCAGCUUCCAGUACAACUCCACUGCCACUACCAAGAUACUGAUGUGGCCAACUGCCAGUGGGUGGAAACCGGAGAAAGCACGGAAACAUUGUGAGACAUACAUUCGUGGUAGGACGUCCGCACAACUGUGUCUCAGUACUGUUGUUACUCUACAGUUUGAGCUUGUCAUUGAAGGGUGUGUUGAUAGCAUUCAGCUGUUUGAUGGUCCAGUGUUCGAGAAGCUGUUCCUGGACAGCAUAGUGUUUGACUGCCUGUUUGAGAUACAGUAUAACAGGCGGUACUGGCAAGUGGUCAGUGGUAUCUAUGUCAUCAACAGAGAGAUCAUCACCUCAAUCUGUCCCAGCCACUGUAACAACCACGGCUCAUGUGUCAACGGUGCCUGUAAAUGUGAGCCAACCUAUGGGGGUCAUGACUGCUCCGUCUCCCUCAGAGAUGCCCCUGUGUUGUCUGCUGUGCAAGGCAAGGGACUUUGUGACUUGGCACAAGGUCAAUGUGGACAUCAAUUCUUCUUCUAUGGACAAAACUUCCUCCGAUCUACCAACCUGAAGUGCUACUUUAGCAGUGUGCAGGUGACGUCUGCUGGUCUGAGUGUGUCUCGAGAAAUCCGUGCCUACACAGCAACAUAUAUCAACUAUCACACCAUCGUGUGCACUCUGCCUGCUCUCCGCAGCUACUCUCUCACCAUCAGUAACAACGGGUUCAUCUUCAGCCAGGCCUACAAUAUCCUCAUCCUCAAUAGUGAAUGUGUUACAAAAAGCAGCGAAGGACAACUUGUUUUUGAGCCCAACUCAUGCUUCAUUGACAACACCUGCUACACAGCAGACAUGGAAAACCCAGCCAACACCUCCCUUGUGUGUCUGCCAGCGCUCAACCAGACAGAUUGGUCAACCAAACAAGAUUUCCCAUCUAUUGAGCAGCCUCAUCUGGAGACAGAGACUGUUGUUGAAAGUCCCUACUUCAAAGUAGUGUGUAAGUUUGAGAUGGAGGAGGGAGUGCGUUACAGUGUUACAUGGCUGGCAGGCAAUGAGACAGUCAGUGACUUUGGACCAUUUGAUGAAGGCAUCUCAAGUUUGGAUUCAGAAAAGCUGUCAAAGUACAGAGUUGGAGAUGCAAUGCAGUGUGCUGUGUCAGGCUGCUACAGAUUCAACUGUGAUGACACCAAGUCCCCCCCUCGAUACAGUUUGGUUCUCAAAGCUGAAGUAAAGGUUCGAGAGACUGAGAUAAUGGUGGAAGAAGGUGGUGAAGCCCAGAUGCUCCAUGUCAUAUCAACCUUCCCUCCUGGUUUCUUCUGUCACAACCUGUCAGCCUGGGAUGACUGCUACAUCACUGUGACAACUAGCAUUGCAACGGCCAAGGAGUUGAGCUGUCAGGAGGAAGCCUUGGUGCAGGCUGUCAUAGGCUACGACCAGGAGGAAAGUGGUCCACCUUGUGGAAAGAGAAUCACCAACAGUAACUGGAAGACCGGUGUUAUGAUCACUGUCAAAGCUAAAGUGGACUCUCCAUUCAGGGAUGGGGACCAGCAUAGGAAGCUCAAUGUUCAUGUGACUGUUUGGACUGGAGAUACAAGCAUCACUAACAACACUCUUGACCAAAUCAAGCUUACAGUGAAGGACAAGGAUAGAAAGGCUGUUUGCAAAUCCAUCAAUGAUCCACAUAUAACCUCCAUCGAUGGAAAGAAAUUCAAUGUGUUUUUUGAGGGAGAAUUCAUCCUAUACAUCAACAAGCAAAGAGACUAUGAGGUUCGCACUAUGUAUCAGCGCUGUGGCAAGGGAUUAUCUGCCUCUUGUAACUGUGGAGUUGCUGUGAGAGCUGUGGAUGAUGUGAUUGUGUUUGACCGAUGUAGAAGGAGAGGAUCCAAGAAAACUCCUAUGGUUGUCCGCAGCUAUGUCCAAGGCAGUCUAACGCCAGGCAUGAGGAUCAUCAAGUACUCGGGAGGACGUGCCUAUAAGGCCUGCUUUCCAACUGGAACCUGUGUGAAGAUCAAGAAUGGAGUGAGGAAAACUUCUGAGUUUCUUAAUGUGUGGCUGCAUGCUUCUGCAGAUGACUACAAUAACAUGGAAGGUUUGUGUGGUACCUUUGAUGGCAACAAGGACAAUGAUCUAAAGAUGAGCACUGGAGAGAUCUUCUCAGAGAAUGUUAGACAACCAAAGCGUUUUGCCCUCAGCUGGAGAAGUACGGACUCUCUGUAUGAUGGCUACUGUGCAGAGGCUGGUGAUGGUGAUGGUGCUCCUCUGCCUGUGUACUGUGACUGUGUGGAGGGUCAGAGUCCAGUGUGUGGGGCGGGCAGAGAUGUGUUCACAUGUGGGGUGCACAGCAAGAAGAGCAGGAAGAUUAGUCGAGGUGAGGAUGUGACGGAGUACUUCAUCACUCAGUCGCAGACCCCUCUCAAAUGUGUCCAAAAGGGAGCUGUCAACAUCACUUUUGAGUUUGACCUCGACUAUGAACAACCGGAACUUACGUGGCCAACAGCCAAUGGUAUAAAUGAGACUGAGGCAUUUGAGAUAUGCUCCUCACACAUCCUAUCUUCGAAGUUAGCUGUCCGCUGCCAAAAUAUCCCCUUGAUUGACAUCGACUUCAACCAGACAGUAGAAUUUUGCAUGGAGGAUAUUCAGAUCACAGGGGACACACAGUGGCAAGUGACAGCCCUUAGUAACUUGAUUGCUCAGUGCCAGACAGAAAUCACAACCCGGAUAGAACUGAUGGUUGAGGUGGGAGGCCAGUUGGUGCCCAUCCCAGAGGUGGAGAGCAUCAUCUGUAUCAACAGCUGCAGUGACAAUGGCAACUGUACACAAGGUGAGUGCCAGUGCUAUGAUAACUGGCUUGGUGAAGACUGCUCCAUCAAUGGAACACAACCUCCAUCUGUUGAUGAAAUACAAGGACACAUUUGCGACUCACAGAUUAUGGAGGACUGCAACUACAUCACACUUGUUGGAGAAAACUUUGCUGACAUAGACACUCUUGUGUGCAACAUUGAAGGAUUACAGCUGGACUGUUCUUCGGACGGCGAUGGUACUUAUACAGUGCCUGCAGUGUACAUCAGCAAUGAACUUGUAGCGUGUCGCCUGAACAAAACAUCCAGUGCCAAUAUCACCAUCAGCAACGACGGAAAGCUUUUCAGCGAACCAGUCACUUAUGUUGUGAUCAACUCCAACUGCGAAAGUUACACUGCAGGGAGCUGUGUGACGAGGACAGACAUAUGCAACAUCGAUGGAGUGUGUCAUGAGUGUGGUGCUGUGUUCAGUGACGACCCAACCCGAUACUGCCAGUCCACUGACAACAGCACAGGCUGGACCAAACUAACCAGAGAGAGUGUUACGGUAGCAAGGUACCAGUUUGAGUCACUGGUUGAUUUUGCUGAGACAGGCACACCGUCACUGGUUGAUGGACAUGGUGGGGGAAUGGCUGUUGAGUUGAAUGAGGCUUCUAUCUCUCUCCCUGACUAUAACUUAACUAAAUACUCCAUGUUAUCUGCCCCGGGAGAAUGUUCCAUUGGCUUCACUACCAAGUUUGAUGUUCAGUACAGAUCAUUUUGUGAGAACAUGUAUGUCCUGACGACUGGUGGAGACCAACCCGAUUCCACUGGUGUGGCAGUGUAUUACCAGCGCCGAUAUGUUUACUUCACAGUCAGCACACCAGACAAGCAAUGGGUGGUCUCAGUGCCACGCCCACAACUCAACGUGUUCUACACAUAUCAGUUCAGCUUUUCAGCAGCCUAUGGCAUUGAUGUUAAUGUUGGUGGCAAGUCUUACAAAACUAAAACAUUCUACAGACGUAGUGUACUUGGAGAGAAAAAGAGUGCUCUGAAAAUUGGUGGUCCUCUUGAAGAUGGUCAUGGGUGCUAUGGAAAUAUCACUUUUGGUGGAUUUGAAAUCUAUGCAGCUCCAACAUUUGUGCUUGAUGUUUUGGAUGUUGUCACAGACCUGCUAUCGCUAGAGAAAUUGCCAGUGCUGAGUGUAUCUGAUGUGAAUGACACUGCCAUUUUCAAGUGCAGCUUCCUACGCCUUCUGAGAGGUGAUUCGGCGUAUCGUGUACAGUGGGUCGUGAAUGGAUCAGCUGUUGCUACUGAAAACAUAGAAGAUGAUGUGUCUUAUGGAGUGUUCAGUGAGGAACAGUACAUGGAAUGGGCAUAUGGUGUUCAGAUUGAGUGUCAAGUAUCAGUGUGUUAUUCCUAUGAUUGUAAUCAAACUGAAGGCCCAAGGCAGAGGAGCAACAUCAUUACACUCGGACUUCAUGUGAAGGAGACAAAACUGACUGUUUUGGAGGGAUCAUCAGAGACAUUCAUCACUCUCCUGACAGCAGUCCCACCCCACCUCCUGUGCCCUCUUGCCAAGCGAGGGAACGUCACCACCGUGACAGCCUCUGCCUUCUUCAAUGGCUUAACUGGUGCACAGUCCACCUGCCCUAAUGGUAACACCCUAGUCCAGGCAGUUAUUGGGAGUAUCAGUGGAGAUGAUACAAAAUGUGGGGCUACAAUCAUGACCAGUACAUGGGACAAACCUCUCCUCCUCCCUGUCCGUGCCGUAGUGGACAGUGUCCGAGAUGGAGAUGCUGUCGGUCAGCUGCUGGUCAGUGCAACUGUGACCUGUGGGGCAGAGUUCUUCUAUACAGUACAGCUAUCAGAGAUCCAGGUCCAUGUUGAAGACAAGGAUGAGGUGAAACUAUGUGAAUCAGUCAAUGACCCACAUAUCAAGACAUUUGACAGGAAGUCAUUUGACAACUUCCUGCUUGGAGAUUUUGUCCUGUACAAACACACAAGCCUUCCUUAUGAGGUUCAUGGAAGAUUUGACAAGUGUAAUGGUGGAGUGGCUUCCUGUAACUGUGGGGCUGCUAUCAAGAUUGAUGAUGACGUCAUUGUUGUCAAUCAGUGUGGUGCUGCCAAGAAAAGCCCACUGAGGCUUCGAGUCUUCAAGAAUGGCAUGAUGACACCAGGUGUUCGAAUUACCCGCCACAAUGGUGACAAGAAAUACAGAGUCACUUUACCUACUGGUACAGCAGUGGAUGUCAUCAAGGGACGGGGAAAGUCAAAGUUUUUUAACAUAAUGAUUCGGUCAUCACCAGCUGACUAUGAACACACUGAAGGUUUGUGUGGUACUUAUGAUGGCAACAAGAACAAUGACUUCCUCAUGCCAGAUGGAACUAUUUUCAAAGGACGUUCCAAGCGUCCAGCUACUUUCUCAAGGGCCUGGAGGGUAAAUUCAGAAGAUUCUAUCUUUGAUGGUUUCUGCCCUGAGGAUGAGGAGGUGUCUGGGGCCAUGUACUGUGACUGCCGUAAAGGGGAGAAUGUCACCUGCUCACCCUCCCAGUAUGUCCUGGACUGUGCUCCACCGAGGCUCACAGGCAAGGCCAGGAGGAAAAGAUAUACUGAUGUCACAACAGAACUGUUUUCUGAGGCAGAGGAGCCAUCAAAGUGUGUCAAUCCAGAUGAGAGAGAGAUUUUUGAAUAUGAAGUGGACUACAUAUCCCCACCUGCAGCGUGGCCUACCCGUACUGGUCUUGAGAUAGAGGAUGUGAAGAAGCACUGUGAGCGGGAGAUACAGGUGUCAUUUGCUGCCAGGUCAUGCCUGGGGAUGGCAGAGGUCACUGCUGACCUUUCAGUUGACAACUGCAUUGCUGACAUUCAGCUAACAAGUGACUUGUCCUGGGCAUUGACAAUGAGAGACAACAUUGAGUCCCAGUGUGCCUUCUCCCUGGAGUUCAACAUCUCCCUGUGGUUCUCUGCGACCGGGGUGGCAACUCUCCCGCCCAUCUAUGCUGCCAUGUGUCCUGAUGACUGUAGUGGGAAUGGUGUGUGCGAAGAAGGUAUCUGCAACUGUGAGGAAGACUUCAUUGGCGAGGACUGUUCCAUCAGUGCCAAAGUCCCGCCGUCCAUCUUUCAAAUCAUCACAGGGACAUUCUGUAACAUACGAGAAUCAACCUGUGGAAAAGUACUCUUGUAUGGUGAAAACUUUGUUGAGUCAUCUAAUCUGACAUGCCACAUGACUCCCCUGGUUGUCACAGAUGGGGUAUUCAGGAAAUCUGCAGAAGCCACCAGUACCUCUGUAGAAGCCCUGUAUAUCAGUUCGGACUCUGUGCUGUGUGUCCUGAACUCCAGUGACCGCUUUGCCAUUGGCAUCAGCAACAAUGGUCAAGACAUGAGCAAUGAGAUACUCUACAUCACCUUUGACUCCAACUGUGAAUUGUGUGAAGGAAACAAGUGUGUUGAAAGGAAAGAUAUAUGUAAAAUUGCGGGCCAGUGCUACCUGGCUGGGUCCAGCAACCCCGUCAACAGAAGCCAAGUCUGUCGCCCCAAUCUAUCUGCAAAUGCGUGGAGUGGUCUUCAGAGAAGUGAAAUCACCAUUACAAGAUAUUUAUUUUCACUGAUUAUUGGCAAUGUCCUCGUGACUCAAUCAUUCAACUUUACAUUGGAGGGUAUGCCAAGCUUUGCCACUGGCCCUAUUGGAGGUAAUGCUGUUCAAUUAAAUGGCCGAGACCAGGCUCUGGACUACGGAGAACUACCGGAAGAAGACUGUCUGGGUAACCUUGACAAAUGCCUCUUAGGACUUACCAUCUCAUUCAACCUGCGUAUUGUGGAGUUCAGAAACAAGAUGUACAUUGUGUCCAGUGGAGGUGAUAGCAAGGACACAUCUGGAAUUAGCAUGUGGUGGCAAGGAAACAAGCUGUACCUGAGACUGGUCACCAGCCAGUAUGAGUGGACAUGCAAGGCCAAGUACAAGAAGGGGGACAUUGUGUUUGACAGCUUUGUCAAGGUGGAGUUCACCUGGAGUGUGCAGUCCGGACUCCGGAUGUAUCUCAAUAGUGACUUGGUAGAUGCAGAUGUGAAGCCCAAGAAGAAUAAACACAAGGGUAAACACACCAGAAGGUUUUACAUUGGGCGGCGCUUCAGCAAGGCGGAGUAUGCUGCGUGCCUCAUCUCGGACUGGAAUGUUGUCUUUGCUGAAAAGAACAUUGUCAAAACAUUCAGUAUUGAUAUUGAACUGCCCAAGCUGUCACGGUCCCCACAGCUCUCUGUGUUGAUGAACGAAUCCCGAGUUGAGUUGAUGUGUACAGUUUCCCCGCUCACGCAACAGGGACUUCAAUACUAUGUAGAGUGGUAUAAGAAUGGGAAGAAUAUUGUUGAUGUUCGACAGCUCAACUUGACAAACGGUUACUAUGUCAAUAUACUUGGGGAAGAGGAUAUUGGAACGGUCAAUUUUAAUGAUAAGCUGUCCUGCUCAGUGUAUGCCUGUGAGGCGGACAACUGUGGACCUGCACGUAAGAGUGCAUACCUGACAGCAGAAGUCAAGCUGCUGACAAAGGAAGUGACUGUCUGGGAGGGAGCCAUGUAUGAGAACAUCGAGGUAACAGCCACCAUCCCACCACGACUGUUCUGCGCUCAACCUGAUAGAAAUGGUGCCUGCAAGCUGUUUGUACAGACUGUGAUGGAGAAGGAGAAGAAGGAGCUGAAAUGUCCUGGCAGUGAUGAAGUAAUCUACCAGGCAGUAUUUGGGAUGGACAUGUCCUCCACAGAACGAAGACCAUGUCACCAUGAGAUUCGUAUGUCUGUGUGGAGUCAGAUCCUGAAGAUCCCAAUCCGUGGAUCUGUUGAUGGGCUAAAGGACAAAGACCAAAAGCGAGAUUUUAAGGUCACAGCCACUAUUGAGAUUGGUGGUCUGGUAUACAGCACACUGAAAGUUGGGCAAGUAAAGGUGACUAUCAAGGACAGGGACAAGAAGAGUGGUCUGUGUAGGUCUACUGGUGACCCCCACACUGUUACAUUUGAUGGAAGAUACUAUGACAACUACUUGGAAGGUGAAUUCAUCCAGUACAGGCACAAGAAACUGCCAUUUGAGGUCCGAGGCUACCAGCGUGCGUGUCGGCGAGCAGCCUGUUUGUGUAGUGUCUCCAUCAAGUCAGGGGAUGAUAUCAUUGUGUUUGAUCAGUGUGGGCCUAAGAAGUCUAGCCAGAAUUCCAACCAACGAUUGCAAGUCAACAUGUACAUGAAUGGGGAUCUCACCCCCGGAACCAUCAUCCGUAGGAAGUCUGGAGGUGCUGAGUACACUGUGACCCUGCCGACUGGAGGCAAACUGAGAGUAAAGCAGGUGAAGUUAUUUGGGGAAAGAUUCCUCAACUUGUACUUCAAAGCCUCUGCAGCUGACUUCAUGAAUUCAGAAGGCUUAUGUGGUACAUUUGAUAAUGAUAAAACAAAUGACCUUACAAUGAAAAGUGGCAAAAUCUUUGGAGGAAAGUCAAAGCGUCCAACUGAAUUUUCAAAGACCUGGAGGGUGACAUCAAGUGAAUCCCACUAUAAUGGCAUCUGCCCUGAAGUUGAGGUGGUAGGAUCUGACAUUUCUUGUGCCUGCGUUGAGGGUGAGGACAUGACUUGCAGCAGUGCUUUGGAUGUACAGACUUGUCAGGAGACAGAAGCACGCAGAGGAAGGAGAUCCAGGAGACAUGGUAAAGACAUCACCCAGUCCCUUGUUGAGGCUGCCAGGAAGGUGGACCUGUGUGUGCCCAGGGAGGUCAUUACUUGGGAAUACAACAUAACCUAUGUAGCAUUGGAGUUUACCUGGCCAGUAAAUGGCAUCACUAGAGAGGUGGCUUUGGAGAGAUGCAAGUCAUUUAUUGAAAUCCAUGCUGCUGCACAGGCAUGCAAAUCUCUCAUCUCAGCUGACUUUGAACUGGCACUUGAGGGCUGUGUUGCUGACAUCCAGAUUUCUGGUGGUUUUGACUGGCUACUGUCCAUGUUUUAUGACAUAGUGCAAACAUGCUCUGUGGAGAUUGAGUUCAAUAUUGACCUCUGGGUUAUCCAAGACUCAGGGGCCAUUAUCCUGCCAGAGGUAACUGCCAGGCUGUGCGACCAGGAAUGUGGUGACAAUGGCAAGUGUGAGGAUGGAGAAUGUAAAUGUGAUGAGGGCUGGCUGGGACCUGCAUGUGACAUUGAGUCAGCACAGCCACCUGUGCUUCUCUCUCUUGACACACAACUGUGUGACACCACUACUGAUGACUGUGACGAGAUCACCAUUUAUGGACUCAUGUUCGUGGAAAGUGAUAACCUCAUAUGUCACUUUAAGAAUGAACAGGAUAAAGUGACUACACAACAGGCUGUCUUUGUCAGUCAAGAAGUGAUCCGAUGCUCCUUGUCCAUUGCUGGUUACCUCCACAUCUCUGUCAGCAAUGAUGGUGCUACCACCAGCAACGAGACUCUACUCUACAGGGCAUUUGAUUCCCUCUGUCAGACAUGUGACAAUGUGACCAGCUGUCAGGGCAGGGAUGAUGUCUGUAAAAUUGACUCCAAGUGCUUUGCUGAUGGAUUCUUCAACCCUGAAAGCCCAGAUGAAAUGUGCAACCUUAUCAUCUCUUCAACUGCUUGGACUACAAUAAGAGUGGACCGUAUUGAGGAGCUGAAAUUCAGGUGGAAAGGAAUCAUUGGUAACAUUUUGGAAACUUCACUGGGUAACAUCACACUCGAAGGAGGCAUCACUCUGACCAGAAAUAGCCGCAACCGCUUCUCAAUGGAGUUGGAUGGUGCUUCACAGUUCCUUGACCUGUCUGGUUUGCAGUCCAUCAAAGAAAGUUGCGUGUUCUCUCCCAGUCAGUGCAGACUGGGCUUUACCUUCCUCUUCACCAUCAAGUUCCUUGAGUUAGAAGACAACACUUACAUUGUCACAAAUGGUGGCGACCUGCCAGACUCAACAGGCUUUGCUGUGUACUACAAACGAAACCGGCUGUACAUUACGGUCAGCACACAGACACAGGAAUGGACAGUGUACAUCCACAAAAAGGAUAUUCUCAUAAAUAGAUAUCAAGAUUAUGAAAUUUCAUGGAAUUUACAGCGUGGAUUAUCCUGUUCCCUUGAUGGAAGGCUUAUUAGAAAAUCAAAGAAGUUCAAAAAGCGUAAUGUUGGUAAUGUCAUACGAAAAGGUUUCUUCUUUGGACGCCCAAUUCAAGGAGGCGGAAAAUAUGCUCGCUGUGUACUGGAGCAGUGGCAGAUGGUGUUUGCCACCAAGGAGGUCACAGACAGACUGAACAUCCCACUAGGCUACCCUAAGCUUCCUUCACCACCGACUGUAGUCACAGAGACGACAGAGGCUGGAGCUCACUUCAUGUGCCAGUUCUCAUUAGUGAAAGGAGUCAGUGUAAAAUAUGCUGUGGCAUAUUAUGUGGAUGAAGAGCAACUUCUCAGUGAAACUGUCUCCACAGAUGUUAUUCCAGCCCUCAAUCAGACCAUCUACCCUAAUGUCAGACUUGGAAGUCAGCUGUACUGUGAGGUGACUGUGUGUCUGAGUGUUGAUUGCGAGGGGACUCGAGGCGAGGUGACCCGGAGUCCAGUCAUCACACUAGGCAUUCAGAUUCUGACUGAGUCACUGACUAUCAUGGAAGGAUCCAUGGGCCACAUUGAUGUCCGAACAACCAUUCCCCCUUCCUUCUUCUGCCCAGCAUCUGAGAGAACAACAUGUGAGGUGAAGCUUCAUGCCAGAAUCCGUGCCAGCAAGGAGAAGAAGUGUCCUGACAAGUCAGUCAUCCCACAAGCUGUGUUGUCGUGGCAGCAAAGGGAGGUGACUCCAUUCUGUGGGCUGUUAGUGCUGGAAGAGAAUUGGCAAAAAAAUCACAGAAUUGAUGUAAAGGGUGUCAUUGAUGGUGUCAAAGACAAGGACCAAGUACGUUCUGUCAGUGUGUGGGCCACGGUAACAUCCAAGACAUACUCCAACACACUUCAGCUUGGAAAUAUCAAGAUGACUGUGAAAGACAUGGAUGACAACUCUAUAUGUAUGUCAGUCAACGAUCCUCAUAUCUACACCUUUGACAACCUGAAGUAUAACAAUUUCUUCGAGGGUGAAUUUGUGUUUGCCAACAUCAUUGACUCUGGUAUCAAGAUCCACACCUUCUACCGCAGCUGCAACAAGCGAGCAUCAUGUAACUGUGCCGUGGCUGUGAAGGUGGAUGAUGAUGUCAUCUUGCUAGAUAAAUGUGGAGCUCAGCGUGGUUCAGAGGGAAAGGGCUACCCAAUGACAGUCAAAAUCUACAAAAAUGGGAAUCUUACGCCAGGACUUUUUAUAUACAAGAGAAAGAAUGAACAGUAUAACGUGUACCUGCCUAAUGGCUUCCUGCUGAAGGUGAAGGUGCAGAAGCGGGGCCGCAGUAGGAACUUCAUCAAUGUAUAUCUUACUGCAUCUGCUGCUGGCUUUAACAAAACUGAAGGCUUAUGUGGUGUAUAUGAUGGCAACAAGAAAAAUGAUCUUCUCAAAAUUGAUGGUGUCAUUUCUGAUGAAACGGACAAAGAGCCAAAGAACUUUUCACAAAGUUGGAGGGUGUCAGAGGCGGAUUCCUUGUAUGAUGGCUACUGUGGUGCAUUAUCAGAGGGGUCAUCCCAGGUGUAUUGUGAUUGUAUGUUUGGGGAAGAUAAUGUGUGUGGAAUCGGAAAGGAUAUCUUCUCGUGUGACCAGGAUCAUGGCGGUCGAGGAAACAAGAAGAAGGGGAAGGACAUAACACAAGGUCUUCUAGAAGAAGCUGUUCCUCCCCUCAAGUGUACCUCCAGUGAACCAAGAGUCACCUUCCAGUUUAACAUUACAUACGUACAUCAGUUCAUUGAUUUUGGCAUCACAGAAAUCGAGGCUCAGGAUUUCUGUAGGUCACAAGUGCAAAUAUCUCAGUCAGCUCGGACGUGCAAGGGCAUCAUAGAGACAAACUUUGAUCUAGCUAUAGAUUUCUGUGUAGAAGAUCUGCUGAUAACUGGAAACUUUACAUGGAUGGAGGUGUCUCGGGAGAACAUUAAGGAGCUGUGUGCAAUUGCCAUAGAGAGGAACACAGAGCUGUGGCUAGAGAUUGAUGGAGAAACACAACUGCCUGCUGUCAUUGAUGCCAUAUGUCCUAAUGAAUGUAGUAACAAUGGCAACUGCAGCCUAGGGGAAUGUGACUGUAACACAGGCUAUGCAGGUCCUGACUGCUCCAUCAGCCUGACUGACCCUCCUCAGAUCUUCUCCAUCCAAGGCGGCUUGCUCUGCGACACUUUGCUGUCCCCCUGCAACCCUGUCACAAUAUUCGGGUUUGGCUUUGCGGACACUGACAAUCUCACCUGUAACUAUCAGAAGAUCAUGAAUAAAACAACACUGACCGUAUCAACAGACAUAAUGACAUCAAAGGCUGUGUUUGUGUCACAAGAAGAGGUGAAGUGCAAACUACCAUCCAACGACAGUUACGAAGUUUCUGUAAGCAACAGUGGCAACAUUGUCAGUGUUUCCAUCAAGUUCCUUGUGUUCUCCUCUCUGUGUGAGACAUGCAUAGAGGACAGCUGUAGUGAGAGGGAUGACAAAUGUGUGAUUGAUGGCAACUGUUAUGAGGAAGGAUUCACUAAUCCCUCUAAUGCAUCCCUGAUUUGCAAUCUGGAGUCAAAAAACAGGUGGAAAGAGAUCACAGGUACUGACAUUACUGUGUAUCGUCUCAGCUUUUUGGAGAUAAUUGGUAAUGUUCUCAAAACAACAGGCUUUGACCUGAUUUUGCAAGGAGCACCAAGCCUGGUAAAGAGUGUGAGUGGUGGCCUGGCUAUUCAACUGAAUGGUGUAAACCAGUCCAUGAUGCUUGCAAACCAGUCUUCUGAAUGUAUGGGUGAUAUGGAGAAAUGUACCACUGGACUCACUGUGUCUUUCAAGUUGAAAUUCCUGAAGCUAACAGGAAAAGAGGUUGACAAGAUAAUGGUGUUCAGUAGUGUUGCAGAUAACAGCAUGUCAUAUGGUAUGGCAAUGUGGUACUCCAUCAAGUCAAAGCAGCUCUGUCUUCGUGUCAGCACAUCUACCAAGGAAUGGACAGUCUGUACUCUAAAGGUUGCUUUGGAGAGACUCUUUGAGUGCAAGUUUUCCUGGAGUAUUCAGAAAGGCUUGAAGCUGUUGUUGAAUGGUGAAGUGGUUGCCACACAGAAAACUUACAUCCGGAGAACAAUUACAGGGACCAGACAGACAGAGUUCUACUUUGGUACAACUGCUUCCCUCACAUCAUUCUCUCACAUUCUGCUGGAAGGAUGGAAUUUUGCAUAUGCCACAGACGCUAUAGUUGAGAAGCUGGAUCUGGUUACAGAGACACCUACAUUUGAGGAGCGUCCUCAGGUUACAGUGAAAGCUAACCAGACAGAGGAUACUGUGAGUGUCUACUGCACAUUUCAUGCACUGACAGCUGUUGGACUGCAGUACCAGGUCAUGUGGUACGUUAAUGACACACAGGUCAAGGUUGAUGACAUAGGCAACAACACUGUCUCAGUCCUUGCAGAAGCUCUUUUAGGAGUUCUCUCCCUUGAUAGUGAGAUAUCGUGUGGUGUGUCAGCAUGCUAUGAGAACAACUGCAAUGCCACAAGAGGAACUGUUAGGAACAGUGAAACAUUCAAGGCAUCAGUCAAGGUGUCUGUCAAAGAACUGACAGUGGUGGAAGGAUCUGUGUUAGAGUAUAUCAAGGUCACACUUCUAUUUCCACCUCGUGUGUACUGCCCAGACAACCAGAAAUCGGCAUGCAGUGUUCGCGUGAAUACUGUCCUAUUGGAGGCCAAGAAAACCAUUAGGUGUGGAGAUGGCAGAGACUUCCCACAGGCUCUGAUUGGCUGGACACAACCUGCACAAGCUAAUGCCUUCUGUGGAGUGAUCCUGACAUCAGAUAACUGGUUGACAGGUGUAAUGGUACCUGUCCGUGCAACACUGGAUGGAUUAAAGGAUAAAGACCAAAAGCAAGAGCUGCAGCUGUCUGCCAGUCUAGUUGUAUCAGGGACACUGUCAGCCAGUGUGCUGCAAACAACUGUACAGUUGACAAUCAUUGACAAAGACAAGACAUCCAUGUGCAGUGCUACAGGGGACCCACACAUUGAAACAUUUGAUGGAAGAAAGUUUAAUGUUUACCUUGAAGGUGAAUUCCUCUUGUACAAGCACAAAUCUCUCCCUGUCAAGGUGACAACGUUCUUCCGUCCUUGCAACAACAAGAGGGGAGCUGCCUGUGUCUGUGCUGUCAUGGUCAUGUCAGGAGAUGAUGUCAUUGUGAUAGACAAAUGUGGAAAGGAGCGAGGAAGCCCUGAUAAACGGCAGCCCAUUCAGAUUCGGACAUACACCAAUGGAGAACUUACACCUGGUACAAAAUUCAUUCAGUACAACAAUGGCAAGAAGACUCAGGUGUCCCUUAUGACAGGAGGCUAUGUGACUGUUCAGAAGAGCAGGUUCAAGGCAGGAACAUACCUUGAUGUGUGGAUACGGGCCUCGUCUGUUGACUUUCAACAAACUGAAGGACUGUGUGGCUAUUUUGAUGAUGAACGCAGCAAUGACCUAAAGCUACCCAAUGGGAACAUUUAUCCUGGCAGAGAAAACAAGCCUGACAGUUUCAGUAAUGAGUGGCGAGUGUCUGUUGAGGAGUCCCUCACACAAGGAACAUGUGUAGUUACCACACAAGAAGAAACUCCCAUGUUCUGCUCCUGCCUGGCGGACACAGAAACAUGUGGUGUUGAUGUUGGCUUCCUAUCGUGCAGUCAAGAAGACAAGAAGAACAAGAAGAACAAAGGUGUUGACAUGACAACAGCGUUCCUCAAGUCACAGUACUCAGAAAAUCCCCCAAAGAAGUGUUUAUCACAAGAGUCACUUGUAGCCUGGAAGUUUGACAUUGCCUAUGUAACAGCUGAAUUUACCUGGCCAACUCCAAGUAACAUUACCUAUGAAAAUGCUGUGGAUCAGUGCAAGACUUAUAUACAAGAAAGGACAUCAGCCAAGGCCUGUCAAAGUGUUGUCCAGGCCACAUUCACAGCAGGACUGGAAUCCUGUGUGGAGGAUAUACAGAUCAUGGAUGACAAGGAGUGGGCAGCAUCUGCACUCAACAACAUCCUUGUUAAAUGUGAGACAAAGGUCCUGUUUGACCUUGAGCUAUGGCAGGAAACCAAUGGUGUGGUUCAGCCCCCAGUUGCCCUCCUGGGCGUGCUCUGUCCUGGUGACUGCAGUGACCAUGGCAACUGCAGUGAUGGUCUGUGUAGCUGUGAUGAUGGUUACAGUGGGGAUGACUGUUCUAUCAGCCUGACAGCUCCCCCCUUCGUGUACACACCACCUGAUCCAACCUGUGACACCCAGCUGGACAAAUGUCUGACUGUUGCAGUUUAUGGAGAAGGCUUUGCUAACACAGAACAGCUCAAAUGUUCCAUUGAAAUACUGAAGCUGGAAGACAGUGGCAGCAUCAAAUCAACAGGAGAGACAGGUUAUGUCACUGCAACAUAUAUCUCAUCUGAGGAAGUGAGAUGUAAUCUGAACGCAACUGGUGUCUAUAAUGUGUCUGUGUUUGUCUCGGAGACGAUCAACAGUUCGUCUGUCCUAUUCCUGGCCUAUGACUCUGUGUGUUUGUCAUGUACAGCAGAUGCCUGUAGCAAGAAGGAAGAUGUCUGCAUCAUCGAUGAUGCAUGUUACGGCAAUGGCUUUGUCAACAUCAACAAUCCUGUGGAACGCUGUGUUAGUGGUGGCACGUCAUGGGUUCCAAUCCCUCAAUCAGACAUUAUAAUAGUACAGUUCAUCUUCCUGGGGAUCAAGAACUCUGUGCUUGUGACACAAGACAUUAACAUUCCUGUAGUUGGCAGCCCAACUCUGGUAGAGGGCAUGGAUGGUGGGAAAGCAUGUCUUCUGAAUGGUUUAGACCAAUACAUUGACUUCAGCACGCUGCCUAGAAACUGCCUAUGGAACCCUACUGAAUGUGCACUUGGGUUCACCAUCGGCUUCAACUUGAAGAUCACAGAGAUCAGAAGCACAAUGACUAUAUUUUCCAAUGGAGGAGAGGAAAGUGCUGGGUAUGGUGUAGCGAUGUACAUCCGUGAGAGGCGCUUCUACUGCACUGUGAGCACCACCACCCAGAUAUGGACAGUCACCACAACACAGUUCUCAGAAAACACUUUCUUUUCUAUAGAGUUCACGUGGAGUGUUCAGAUGGGGCUUUCUCUCUACUUUGAUGGCGCGCUGACAGCACAAACCACAAGCUUCAUAACAAGGAACUCAACAAUGUUGACUGCUCCAAGCAAUUUUUAUGUUGGAAAAUCUGUAACAACAAAUGUCUUUUCACCUUUUGUAAUUGAAAACUGGAAUUUCAAGAACAGCACCAAAGAAAUUGCAGAAGCUGUGCUCAUACCACCAUCUCAAGUUUCAUCAAUCACACCAUCCACAACCAUGUUUUCAACAACAGCUGAAACCGCUUUACUGCCAUCAACAACGACAACAACCUUGACAACCUCAGAGAUAUCAACCAGUAGCAGCACUGCAAGUGGACAAAUGGCAUCCUCCGAUAUGCCUAUGUUGUCUUCAGAGAUUCAAGCACUGGUAUCUUCUGCAACCUCUACUGAUCCAUCUGUGACAAGACAGUCAGUGACUGCUUCAAUGACUAUGCCCAUGACAUCAUCAGAGACAUCAACCAGUGGAAUGACUGCAAGUGGACAAAUGUCAUCCUCUGAGAGUCUGGUACUGAUAUCUUCUGCAACCCCACCUGAUCCAUCUGUGACAGGACAGUCAGUGACUGCUUCAAUGCCCAUGACAUCAUCAGAGACAUCAAUCAGUGGGCAAAUGUCAUCCUCUGACACCACAUCACCAACAUAUUCAGGAAGCUUAGCAGGCACAUUGUCUGUAACCCCAAUGUUGUCAUCAUCUGCUGAAUCAGUAAAUGUGGCUUCUGAGAGUCAAGCACUGACAUCUUCUGCAACCUCUACUGAUCAAUCUGUGACAGGACAGUCAGUGGCUGCUUCAAUGACUAUGCCCAUAACAUCAUCAGAAACAUCAACCAGUGGAAUGACUGAAAGUGGACAAAUGUCAUCCUCUGAGAUUCCAGCACUGAUAUCUUCUGCAACCUCUACUGAUCCAUCUGUGACAGGACAGUCAGUGACUGCAUCAAUGACUAUACCCAUGACAUCAUCAGAAACAUCAACCAGUGGAAUAACUGCAAGUGGACAAUUGUCAUCCUCUGAUACUACAUCACAAACCUCAUCAGGAAGCUUAGCAGAUACAAUAUCUGUAGCCCCAAUGUUGUCAUCAUCCGCUGAAACAGGAAUUGUGGCUUCUGAGAGUCAAACACUGACAUCUUCUGCAACCUCUACUGAUCCAUCAGUGACAGGACAGUCAAUGACUGCUUCAAUGACUAUACCCAUGACAUCAUCAGAAACAUCAACCAGUGGAAUGACUGCAAGUGGACAAAUGUCAUCCUCUGAGAUUCCAGCACUGAUAUCUUCUGUAACCUUGAAUGAUCCAUCUGUGACAGGGCAGUCGGUGACUGCUUCAAUGACGAUGCCCAUGACAUCAUCAGAAUUAUCAACCAGUGGAAUGACUGCAAGUGGACAAAUGUCAUCCUCUGAGAUUCCAGCUCUGAUAUCUUCUGCAGCUUCUACUGAUCCAUCUGUGACAGGACAGUCAAUGACUGCUUCAAUGACUAUGCCCAUGACAUCAUCAGAGACAUCAACCAGUGGAAUGACUGCAAGUGGACAAAUGUCAUCCUCUGAGAUUCCAGCACUGAUAUCUUCUGCAACCUCUACUGAUCCAUCUGUGACAGGACAGUCAGUGACUGCUUCAAUGCCCAUGACAUCAUCAGAGACAUCAAUCAGUGGACAAUUGUCAUCUUCUGAUACCACAUCACCAACAUAUUCAGGAAGCAUAGCAGGCACAUUAUCUGUAACCCCAAUGUUGUCAUCAUCAGCUGAAUCAGUAAAUGUGGCUUCUGAGAGUCAAGCACUGACAUCUUCUGCAACCUCUACUAAUCCAUCUGUGACAGGACAGUCAGUGACUGCUUCAAUGACUAUGCCCAUGACAUCAUCAGAGACAUCAACCAGUGGAAUGACUGCAAGUGGACAAAUGUCAUCCUCUGAGAGUCUGGUACUGAUAUCUUCUGCAACCCCACCUGAUCCAUCUGUGACAGGACAGUCAGUGACUGCUUCAAUGCCCAUGACAUCAUCAGAGACAUCAAUCAGUGGGCAAAUGUCAUCCUCUGACACCACAUCACCAACAUAUUCAGGAAGCUUAGCAGGCACAUUGUCUGUCACCCCAAUGUUGUCAUCAUCUGCUGAAUCAGUAAAUGUGGCUUCUGAGAGUCAAGCACUGACAUCUUCUGCAACCUCUACUAAUCCAUCUGUGACAGGACAGUCAGUGACUGCUUCAAUGACUAUGCCCAUGACAUCAUCAGAGACAUCAACCAGUGAAAUGACUGAAAGUGGACAAAUGUCAUCCUCAGAUACCACAUCACAAACAUAUUCAGGAAGCUUUGCAGGCCCAUUAUCUGUAACCCCAAUGUUGUCUUCAUCUGCUGAAUCAGUAAAUGUGGCUUCUGAGAGUCAAGCACUGACAUCUUCUGCAACCUCUACUGAUCAAUCUGUGACAGGACAGUCAGUGACUGCUUCAAUGACUAUGCCCAUGACAUCAUCAGAAACAUCAACCAGUGGAAUGACUGAAAGUGGACAAAUGUCAUCCUCUGAGAUUCCAGCACUGAUAUCUUCUGCAGCUUCUACUGAUCCAUCUGUGACAGGACAGUCAAUGACUGCUUCAAUGACUAUGCCCAUGACAUCAUCAGAAACAUCAACCAGUGGAAUGACUGCAAGUGGACAAAUGUCAUCCUCUGAGAUUCCAGCACUGAUAUCUUCUGCAACCUCUACUGAUCCAUCUGUGACAGGACAGUCAGUGACUGCUUCAAUGCCCAUGACAUCAUCAGAGACAUCAAUCAGUGGACAAUUGUCAUCUUCUGAUACCACAUCACCAACAUAUUCAGGAAGCAUAGCAGGCACAUUAUCUGUAACCCCAAUGUUGUCAUCAUCAGCUGAAUCAGUAAAUGUGGCUUCUGAGAGUCAAGCACUGACAUCUUCUGCAACCUCUACUAAUCCAUCUGAGACAGGACAGUCAGUGACUGCUUCAAUGACUAUGCUCAUGACAUCAUCAGAAACAUCAACCAGUGGAAUGACUGAAAGUGGACAAAUGUCAUCCUCUGAGAUUCCAGCACUGAUAUCUUCUGCAACCUCUACUGAUCCAUCUGUGACAGGACAGUCAGUGACUGCUUCAAUGACUAUGCUCAUGACAUCAUCAGAAACAUCAACCAGUGGAAUGACUGCAAGUGGACAUUUGUCAUCCUCUGUAACCACAUCACAAACCUUAUCAGGAAGCUUAGCAGAUAUAAUAUCUGUAACCCCAAUGUUGUCAUCAUCAGCUGAAACAGGAAUUGUGGCUUCUGAAAGUCAAACACUGACAUCUUCUGCAACCUCUACUGAACCAUCUGUGACAGGACAGUCAAUGACUGCUUCAAUGACUAUGCCCAUGACAUCAUCAGAGACAUCAACCAGUGGAAUGACUGCAAGUGGACAAAUGUCAUCCUCUGAGAGUCUGGUACUGAUAUCUUCUGCAACCCCACCUGAUCCAUCUGUGACAGGACAGUCAGUGACUGCUUCAAUGCCCAUGACAUCAUCAGAGACAUCAAUCAGUGGGCAAAUGUCAUCCUCUGACACCACAUCACCAACAUAUUCAGGAAGCUUAGCAGGCACAUUGUCUGUCACCCCAAUGUUGUCAUCAUCUGCUGAAUCAGUAAAUGUGGCUUCUGAGAGUCAAGCACUGACUUCUUCUGCAACUUCUACUAAUCCAUCUGUGACAGGACAGUCAGUGACUGCUUCAAUAACUAUGCCCAUGACAUCAUCAGAAACAUUAACCAGUGGAAUGACUGCAAGUGGACAAAUGUCAUCCUCUGAGAUUUCAGCACUGAUAUCUUCUGCAACCUCUAAUGAUCCAUCUAAGACAGGACAGUCAGUGACUGCUUCAAUGACUAUACCCAUGACAUCAUCAGAAACAUCAACCAGUGGAAUGACUGCAAGUGGACCAACAUAUUCAGGAAGCUUAGCAGGCACAUUAUCUGUAACCCCAAUGUUGUCAUCAUCUGCUGAAUCAGUUAAGUUGGCUUCCGAGAGUCAAGCACUGACAUCUUCUGCAACCUCUACUGAUCCAUCUGUGACAGGACAGUCAAUGACUGCUUCAAUGACUAUGCCCAUGACAUCAUCAGAAACAUCAACCAGUGGAAUGACUGCAAGUGGACAAUUCUCAUCCUCUGACACCACAUCACCAACAUAUUCAGGAAGCUUAGCAGGCACAUUAUCUGUAACCCCAAUGUUGUCAUCAUCUGCUGAAUCAGUUAAGUUGGCUUCCGAGAGUCAAGCACUGACAUCUUCGGCAACCUCUACUGAUCCAUCUGUGACAAGACAGUCAGUGACUGCUUCAAUGACUAUGCCCAUGACAUCAUCAGAAACAUCAACCAGUGAAAUGACUGCAAGUGGACAAAUGUCAUCCUCUGAUACCACAUCACCAACAUAUUCAGGAAGCUUAGCAAGCACAUUAUCUGUAACCCCAAUGUUGUCAUCAUCUGCUGAAUCAGUAAAUGUGACUUCUGAGAGUCUUGCACAUGCAAUUUCUCCAACCUCAGUGACUGCUUCAAUGACUAUAUCCAAGACAUCAUCAGAGACAUCUGUAUUAAGCUUGUCAUCCCACAACGGAUCAGAUCUGAUGCUAUCAUCCAGUGAUAGCCCACAGCUGUCUUUGAGUGUGACCCCAACCAUGACAUCUUCUCAGACAAGUCCCUCUUCAGACAUAACAAGUUCUUCCAAUAUUGAAGCAACACACACCCAGACAGCAACUUCUCCUAAUACUGCAGGGAGUAGUUCUCAAGUUUCAACAAUAAGCAGCACAGAAGUACAAGUAUCAACAACAAUGUCAACCAAUCCCACCAGCACAGGAGAUCUGAUGCUAUCAUCCAGUGAUAGCCCACAGCUGUCUUUGAGUGUGACCCCAACCAUGACAUCUUCUCAGACAAGUCCCUCUUCAGACAUAACAAGUUCUUCCAAUAUUGAAGCAACACACACCCAGACAGCAACUUCUCCUAAUACUGCAGGGAGUAGUUCUCAAGUUUCAACAAUAAGCAGCACAGAAGUACAAGUAUCAACAACAAUGUCAACCAAUCCCACCAGCACAGGAGAUGUGGACACAACUAGUUCCAGUGGAGCUGACAUUUCUCUGUUACCGAGCCAGACAUCUACAACAGCUACUGCAACAUCGAGUGCAACAUCGAGUGCAGAUGUGCAACAAUCUACAUCCUCAGUCAUAACAUCAACAACAGCGCCAACAUGCACAGGUGUGGACAGUUCCCCGCAAAUGACCCAACGUCCAGUGUUGACAUACAGCUCCUCUAUGACCAAAGUCACCUUUUACUGCCGAGUGCAGAGAGUUGCUGGCACAGGUGUCACCUACACAGUGAAAUGGGUGACUGGAAGUACAACAUUAAAGUCUGAUGAACUGGGAGACAGACUGGAUACACAAUUGGACUCCUCAACACUCAGCAAUGAAGAGCGGAGUGCCAUUUUAGCUGAAGGGAUUGGUUGCAAUGCCACAGCAUCAAUCACAAACUGUCAGAGCUCAGAACUGACCAGCGAACAGUACUAUCAUUUCCAAUUCAAGGUGACUCCACCAGGCUCGAUGCAGUUGAUUGAAGGAUUAUCUCUUGACAUUCAAGUUGAUAUGGGCAUCAGACCAGAUAUGUACUGCCCCCUCAUGUAUGGGGAAGCAUGCACUGUAUAUGCUGAGGCAAAGGUUGUGGCCGUGGACAGUAGGAAAUGUGUUGGGUCUGAUCGUACCAUUGACCCACUGGCUGUGAGGUAUUCUGGUUCCAAUGUAGAGAAUGCAAUUUGUGGUGCAACCAUGGCAGUCAGAACAUCAAGCAUCACACUUCGCUCUGUUCUGGAUCGCAUUAUUCAUGCACAAGACCUAAAUGUAACAGUGAACAUCUUUCAGAGAGAUCGAGUUGGAUCAAGGGACAACAUUACACUGAUAAAAGAACUCCAGGUUACCAUCAUCGAUAGGGACAUGAAGAAUGCUCUGUGUGGAGCCACAGCAGAUCCUCACAUCACAACAUUUGAUGGCCUGAACUAUGAUGUAAUGCUUGAAGGAGAGUUUAUCAUGUACAGGCACACUGAGUUGGAGACAGAGGUUCGCAUUUAUCUGAGACGGAGUGGUCGUGGCAGCAGUGUGUGUGGCACAUCUAUCCGCAGUGGUAAUGAUGUCAUACAGAUCAGUAAAUGUGAUAUUACCCCAACAAACUCAACAGAGAAACUGCCACUCAAAGUAGAGCAAUUCUUCAAAGAAACACUCACACCUAAGACCAAAAUCUUCCAGGAGGAGGAAGGCGAUACAUACAGGAUUCUGUUACCAUGUGGGUCAAAGGUGACUGUUACAUCAACUGCAGACAUAUUCAUGAAUGUGUGGGUAGAGCCUUCAGCUUGGGUCAUUGGUCGCUCACAAGGUCUCUGUGGCAUAUAUGAUGGUGACACAAAGAACGACUUGACGGACAAGAACACAACUGUGUACACUGUUACCGGCAUCAAUGAUGAACCAAUACCCUUUGCCAAGUCUUGGAGGGUCUCUGAAGACAGCAUGUACAAUGCUGGUUAUGGAGGAUCUGGGAACUUUACUUCCAGUAUUUACUGUUCUUGUUCUGAUGGAGGAAAGAAGGUGUGUGGAUAUUCCCAGAACAUUGAUGAGUGUGGUGUCUCGACAGGUGUGGAAUACACUGACAAACUACUAAAGGAUCAGAAGGAACAGCUCUUAUCACAGAUUUCAAGCAGACGUAAGAGGCAGACAACCGGUUUCCAGUAUGACCCAAACUACCAUGCUUCACAGGGUGCAACUUGGCCGACUGCAAGUAACACAACUGAAGCAGAGGCCCGCACACUUUGUACCAACAAGAUCAGGUCAGCUCUUGAGGAGUGUGGAAACUUUGAUGCCCAAAACUACACCGUUAAAAUAGAAAACUGUGUGCGAGAUGUCAAGCUGACCGACAACCAGGACUGGGCAGAUGCAGCUUUACAGGAUGUGCAGACCAGAUGUCUGUCCUCGGUAACCAGGGAUUCCAACACCUGGGAGCAGAACAACGGCGGCAUUCCCACACUCCCGAUUCAGGUGGUGAAGGCACUGUGUUCUAAUGACUGCAGUGGCAAUGGAACAUGCAAUGGGUCAUCACGUCAAUGUGAAUGCAACACUGGGUACCGAGGCCCUGACUGCUCCCUGGCAGCUGACAAAAUACCCACUCUCAACACAGAACAGAGCAAUUCUGUCUGCAAUCACUCUCCCAGAACUUGCAACAGCACAGUUGUUAAUGGCAACUACUUCAAGAAUAACAGUGUAUACUGUCACCUGGUGCCCAUUACAAUUGAUCAUACUGGGAUAACUUCUCGAGGGAGCCCAGAGGUAGUGACUUCAGCUGUGUAUCGCAGUGCUUCAGAGUUGGUAUGUACACUGCCUGUGUUCUCUGUCCGGAGCUACUCUAUCAAAGUCAGCAAUGAUGGGAAGAGAACCAGUACAUCAGAGGUGUUGUUUGUAGUCAACAAUCCAUCCUGUUCUGUGUGUUCAGUAAACAACACAGAUGCCACAUGCACAAUCAAGAUUGGAUCUAAUGAGUGUCUGAUCGAUGGAGAGUGUUAUGCUGCCAAGAGCAUAAAGGACUCCUGUAAAGUGUGUGAGCCGAGCACCUCCAGCACCUCGUGGACCAGUCUGUCAGCUCCAGGCUGCUAUGCUGUCCGCACACAAGACAGUAGUCGUGUUGUGAUAGGAAUCUCUGUGGGUGUUGCUGUGGUGUUCCUCAUCGCCAUCAUCAUAACAGCCUACUUCCUCUGUACAAGACGCCAGGCCAAUGACCCAGAUCUUUUGAAUGGCUCCGACAAUGAAAGUGGUCACUACCACAGAACCUAUGAUGGCAACUAUGGUAUGCGGACAGAGAAACAACUCUCCUUCUACAAUACCACAGCCAGAGACAUCUAUGAGCCCACCCUCUGAAGUCCUCCACUCCAACUUCUGUAGUCCAUGUGUAAUCAUAGUCACUAAUCUGACAAUACUCUAGGUUCCAUUAGACAUACACAGAUUAGGCUUAAUACAUAUUACCAAUAUUGAAAAGUAGAAGAAAUUGUAAGAGAAAAAUUUAUAUUGUUUGAAACAUCUCUUAUGAGAACUGAUUACGCAAAACAUUAACUCAUCCAGUAUAGAAGUAUUAGAGUUUAAGUGAGCAUCCAUCUGCUUUCAAAAAUCAUAAAUUAUACUGUUUUGUGGUAAGAUGUUGUUAACUAUUGAAUUUGUUGAAGUAAAUUGUUAUUAUUUUUGGAUGUUGUGCUAUCCUUCCAUGUUAUCAAUUUAGAAUUUAUGAUGUAUGCAAAAUUGUCAGCAGUUAAAAAAUGAAGUAGUUACAGGAUUUUCUACAUGUAACAGUUUGUGAAAAAUGUCUACACUAUGCAUAAUAUUUAAAUGUUCAUGUAUUGUCUUAUUCUUAUUGAUGUCUGUUUUAUCCAUUGUGAAAAGCAACCAAGAGAAUAUUUUUUAUAACAAAUUAUUUUUAAUGAUUUUCAUCAUUUUUUUCUAUUUUUAGUAAUAAAAUCUAUUUUCAUACAAA